AUGUCAAGUUACGAAGCUGCUAUUGAACAACUUUCAGAGAUGUUUCCAAAUCAUCAAAAGAGCACCAUUGCAUCGACAUUGCGCUCGAAAAAUGGUGAUCUUCAGAAUACAAUCAACGCACUUUUGAAAAUGAAACCAGAUAAAGGACCGAAAGUCAUUGAAGAUGCACAAUCACAACACAUAUUCCCAAGUGAUUUCAUGAGAUGGCCUAAAGAUGUUCAAUACGUUAAAGUUUUUACGGAUAAUAAUUCAAAUUCACUAUUCGAUGAUGAUUCUCAAAUGAUUCCAAUAGAAUCAAGCAAUGUACCGACUGUUGCUGACGAAAAGACCUUAUCUGUAGAGCAUUUCAAAGCUACAAAUUCAUCUACUUGGGAGAGCUUUAAACAGAAGUUCAAACAAGGAAGAUCCUACGAUCAGAUAUAA